GGUGACAGGUUGCGCUAGCAGAGCAGCAUGGCGGCUACACUUCAGCUGCAGUGAUAUUAAAGUAAAGAAACAUAAAGAAAGUGAGGGAACCCCGAGUCCGCGACAGACUCCGCUAAUAAACUCCGCGAACAGUUUUCGCCCUGAAGACCAGUAACGCGGUAAUUUUUUUUUGUAAAUAAGCCUCUGCUAGCUAGCUUAGCUCAUGUUAGCACGCUGCUAACUAGCUAACUGGCUGGGCUGCUAUGUCGCAAGCGAGUGGUUCGGCUAACAGGAGCUAACGCAGCUCGCUCGCCUCAAGCAAACCUUGCAUUUGGAGGAAAACCGAAAAGAUGGCUGUGUCGGUGCGGGGCCUCUACUUUAUGGUGACCCUGUUUUUGGGUAGUUUCUUCGGAAGUAUAUUCAUGCUGGGCCCAGCUCUGCCCCUCAUGCUGCUGUCUCCUGCCUGGUACCGCUGGAUCACGGAUCGCCUCGUCGCUACCUGGCUCACCCUGCCUGUGGCCCUGCUGGAGCUGGUGUUUGGGGUUAAGGUGGUGAUAACAGGGGAUGGCUUCGUUCCGGGGGAGCGCAGCGUGAUCAUCAUGAACCACCGCACGCGCCUGGACUGGAUGUUCCUCUGGUGUUGUCUGCUCAGAUACAGCUACCUCCGCCUGGAGAAGAUCUGCCUCAAGGCUAUCCUCAAGGCUGUGCCUGGCUUUGGCUGGGCAAUGCAGGUGGCCUGCUUUGUCUUUAUUCAGCGUCGUUGGGAGGCGGACAAGAGACACAUGGAGAACAUGCUGGACUACUUCUGUGACAUCAGAGAGCCACUGCAGCUGCUGCUGUUCCCAGAAGGCACAGACCUCACUGAAAACACAAGAGCAAAGAGUGAUGUGUUUGCCGCCCAGAACAACCUGCCAAAGUUCGAGUAUGUGCUGCAUCCACGAACCACUGGAUUCACCUUCAUCGUGGACAGACUGCGAAAAGGAGACAAUCUGGAUGCUGUCCAUGACAUCACAGUGGCCUAUCCGAAGAACAUCCCCCAGACAGAGCGCCACCUGAUCCUGGGGCUCUUCCCCCGCGAGAUCCACUUCCACGUCCGCCGCUACCCAGUGUCUUCCCUGCCCGGCUCAUCAGAGCUAGAGUCUUGGUGUCGAGAUCGCUGGGCUGAGAAGGAGGUCCGUCUCCGCGACUUCUACUCCAGCCAGCCCCGGGCCUUCGACAGAGAAGGUGUGGCCCGUGUGCCGCCCUGCAAGACGGAGCUGCGCGUGGCUCUGAUCAAAGCCGCCUCGCUGCUGUACUGGACCAGCUUCAUCGCUCUGUGCUUCACCGGCCUGUGGCUGUGGUCUCCAGUCAGGCUCUAUUUCGUGGUCAUGGUUGGAGUGUACAUGGCCCAGCAGAAGCUGGUUGGGGGGGUUGAGCUGAUGGAGUUGUCCUGCCAUCGAUACUGGAAGUCCAGAGCUGCUGAUGUGGGUGACAAGAAAAAGAAGGAUGGGAAGAUGCAGUGAGGAUGGAAGACUGGAUUGACUGGUCAAUGGCAGGUGCUUGGCGAGGACGCUGAGGACUCCAUUGUCUCUGUGUGUUCAGUCAAGAGGGCUAGAGGAUCCCUUAGAGGGAGUCAGAACUCCAUGCCUUAGAAAGGGAGUCGUACGUGCUCUCCUGCAGUUUGCAUGGCUUCAGUGGAAAGAUCUCAACUUUCUGUUGAAGGAAAAAAAAGAGGAAUGUUAUGUAAACUUGUGUUGGGUUCAAGAAAUUCAUCAAACAUGGCGUCACCUGCCCUGUAAUUCUCUUCCUGUAUAAUCACAGUCGAUUCGCUUGCUGUCUGUGCAUUUUAUAUGUUCUUUUGUUGUCGGUGUAUCUGUUGUUGAAGAACCUCAGUGUUGACAUGUGUCAUGGAAUAUUGUUGUUAGUAAUUAUUUUUUUUAUACUAUUGCCAUGUCAACUUAUUUUUUUAAUUGACUGUAUCCUGUGUUGCCCUUGGUUUUAUUUUGUAUUUUUCAUAAGAUGUGGAACCGAGCCAUAGUACAGUUCAAAUGUACAUGUGAUGACUUGAUUUACCGAUUUUCAAAUAAGCACUGUAGUUAGUGGGAGUAUGAUGAGACUAAUUAAAUGAAUCCAUCAUAGGACGGGUACAAUUCCUAGAGAAUUAUCAAGGUGUAUACAGGUAUAUAUGUACCACUGUUUACCUUUACUGGGUAUAAUUGCCCUUUUAUACAAAUUGGGGAAUGGAAUUUCCCACUUAGUCGUGAGAAAGAACUUGUGUGAUGUUGUUUAUCACUCUAAAAUACUAUGUUGAAACUUAUAUAUAAUUCUGCUUGUUUGCUCAAGUAGCUUUUGCGCAUAAAAGCCAAAUGUGAGAGAAGCGGACGCGAUGUAAAACAGUACCAAACCGAAUGUAGUAGGAGAGUGUAGCUUCACUCGCCACUGACGAGCUCUUCUGCAAGUUCCACUGAGUCCAAGCUUGUAAUCAGCGACUCAUCAAGAUCAAACAUCUGACUGAGGCGUCUGGAUAGGCGUAGAAGCAGAUGAGCUUUGUGCCCUUUCUAGGAUUGAAGGGAUGCCGCGCAGAGGCAGGAAGUGGGUGGUGCUGGGGUGGAAGAAUGCCCUGUUGGGGCAACAUUACCCUUCAAUGUGCAGGGUGGCACAGAGGACCAGACUUGGAGUGGAAAACUGGCCCUCAACUCACCCUAAUCCAAAAAAGCCCUGUAAUGCCCACCUCUGCCUUUGUCACUCUCUAGAGGACUGGCAUUGAUGCGCCUGCUAAACUCAAUUAGCGAGUGACAGCUGAGAAAGCGUCUCCCAAUUGUGCCAAAAAAGGACAGAAAUUGAAACAAGACUGGAGCAGUGCUUCAACCUCACUUUUAGCCACUGACUCGCUGCCACUGAGCUCGAUGCCGUCUCAAACCACGUUCAUCCUCUGGGUCGGGGAACUUUCGCGUCUCUGACGACCUUUAGCAGUUUCACCGCCACUGUGCAGUGUGGGAUCUAGCUCACAACUUCAACCCUAGUUUGUUAUAUAAGCGUCUUUCAUGAUCGACCGCACUAUAUAGAAGUUGUGUGAAGCGUCUUUCCUUUUUUUAUGUGAAUCUGAAGCUCCUGUAGUUCAUGUGAAGGGGCUGGUUUCAGUCACUGUGAUCCGCUGUUAACACUUUUCUCAGCAGCAUGUUGUAGUUUACCAAACACUGUUCUCUGUCCACAUAUCCUCAACACGCUCAGCUACCUGUUCACCUGUGCUGUCUUGUGUCGCUCAUUUUACAAUCACUUGCUGAUGCUGGACCUCAUUAAUGUCACUGUCCUCAGGUACACACAGUGGACACUGUUGUCAGUCCGUCUCUGAAAGGAAUAUAUAUAUGUAUAUAUAUCUCUGAAUAAAUAUACUGUGUCAAUUCA